UCUUGAAAUGAAUAAAUAUAAUUGCCCAUCCCUUGCUUUUUAUUUCUUUAUAAUCCCCCAUGCUCUACUCCAUCACUCACUCAUCCAACAUUCUCUCUCCUGCAAGAUCUCCAACAAAUAUUUGCCUCCACUCAAUCUAUAGGUAUAAGGAGGUUAAAAAAAUUGAUAGAAUAUAAUGGAGAUAAGAAGUUUACAAAACUUGAUCUUUGGAAUAGUGGCAUUAUUGAGUGUAACCAUUGUUAAAGCAGAUGACCCAUAUAGAUUUUUCACCUGGACAGUGACUUAUGGAAAUAUUGCUCCUUUGGGUGUUUCUCAACAGGUCAUUCUCAUCAACGGUCAAUUUCCUGGACCAAAACUUGACUGUGUUACCAAUGACAACAUUGUCCUCAAUGUCAUUAAUAAAUUGAAUGAACCUUUCCUUCUUACUUGGAAUGGAAUUAAGCAAAGGAAGAACUCAUGGCAAGACGGAGUGCUGGGUACUAACUGUCCAAUCCCUCCAAACAAAAACUUCACAUACAUUUUUCAGCCUAAAGAUCAAAUUGGUUCUUUAACUUACUUCCCAACGAUUGGGUUGCACCGCGCUGCUGGUGGAUUUGGAGCUCUCAAUGUCUACUCUAGACCUCGGAUUCCCGUUCCUUACCCCAACCCUGACGGUGACUUCACUUUGCUUAUUGGUGAUUGGCACAAACCCAACUUCAAGACCCUAGAGCGAGUUCUGGAUGCAGGAAAGGCUCUCCCAUUCCCUGAUGGCUUGCUUAUUAAUGGCCAGACUCGGAGUUCUUUCACCGGAGAUCAAGGCAAAACAUACAAGUUCAGAGUCUCAAAUGUAGGAUUGUCAACUUCUUUCAAUUUCAGAAUUCAAGGUCACAAAUUGAAGGUGGUUGAAGUUGAAGGAUCUCACGUGCUUCAGAAUCUAUAUGACUCAAUAGAUGUGCAUGUGGGUCAAUCACUCUCGAUCCUUGUGACCUUAGAUCAACCUCCCAAGGAUUACUACAUAGUUGCAUCUACACGUUUCACAAAGAUAGUUCUUAGUGCCACUGGAGUUCUCCACUAUUCAAACUCCGGCGCUCAGGUCUCUGGACCUUUGCCUCCUGCCCCUGCUGGUGAACUACAUUGGUCCAUGGAGCAAGCCAGAACCUUCAGGUGGAACCUGACAGCAAAUGCAGCGAGGCCAAACCCUCAAGGAUCUUUCCAUUAUGGAACAAUCCCAAUUUCAAAGACCUUUGUGUUAGCCAAUUCAGCACCUCUUAUCAACGGAAAGCAGCGUUUUGCUGUUAACCAGGUGUCAUUUAUCAAUCCGGAUACCCCUCUGAAGCUCGCGGAUUACUUCAACAUUCCUGGAGUUUUCAGCUUGAAUUCCAUCCAAAGCUCCCCAUCUGGGGGUGCUGCUAGGCUUGGCACUUCUGUUUUGGCUGCUUCUCACCAUGAUUUCAUUGAGGUUGUCUUCCAGAAUGAUGAAAAUGCUAUGCAGUCUUGGCAUCUUGAUGGCUAUGAUUUCUGGGUUGUUGGUUUUGGUGCUGGUAAAUGGACCCAAGCCAGUCGCAAGGGUUACAAUCUAAAAGAUGCUCUCACCAGACAUACCACUCAGGUAUAUCCCAACUCAUGGACAGCAAUACUGGUGUCGUUAGACAACCAAGGUAUGUGGAACGUGAGGUCCGCUAUGUGGCCGCGACAAUAUCUUGGACAGCAACUCUAUCUCAGGGUGUGGAACACUGCCCAGAGCCUUGCUAAUGAAUACAACCCUCCUUCAAACUUGCUUCUCUGUGGUAAAGCAGUUGGACGACACCCUUAAAAACAUUACUCCUACAUUUAUAUGGAUCUCACCCUAGUUAAUCUUCAUACAACUACUAUUAUUUUUAUCAGUCAUCAGAGUUUGACUGUGAGUUAUUUAGAAACUUCUUGUGGGAAAUUCUCUGAUAUUUUCCACCCUUUUUUCGCCUCUUGUUUUCUUGUAUAUUGAUUUGCAUGGAAAUUCCCUGCAUAACUAUUUUAUUUAUUUAAUUAGAAUGAAAUAUAUGUAUUUUAUGGCGGUUGAUGUA